GCCAAAGAGGAAAUAAGUGAGCUGAAAGGAAAAGUAGAUAGUCUAACUGAGGAAAAUUUGGUUCUCAAAACUUCAAACGUUUUAACAAAAAAAGAAAACAAAGAGCUUAAAUCAAAUUUGUCUAUAGUAUCUGAGCGAAAAGAACAAGCAGAAACCUUAUUAAAAGAACUCAGAGAUGCAGAGUCAGCUGUGACAUGGGAGUCUAUAUCUGACAAACGUUUUAAAUACCUCACUGGGCUAUCAAAACAUGAAUUCAGAACCUUAUUUGACUGUUUUGACCCUUUUCUACACCUGUUAUCUUAUGAAGGUUGCAAAUUUAGUGAUAAUGAUCGCCGAAAACUAUCUAAGGAAGAUGAAUUGUUUUCAUGUCUUACAAUUUGUAGACAUGCACUACACUUGGGYGUAAUGGCAUGGAUUGUCGAAAUUUCAGAAAGCACAAUGAGCAGGAUAUUUGAGGCUUGGAUGGUCUUUGGUUCUGCUGUGUUCUCCAAGAUAGAUCUAACCCACCCUAAAGACCUCAUAAAGGAAAUGAUGCCCAAAGCCUAUAAGAACCUUGACUACUCUCACAUUGUUCUUGUCCUUGAUGCUACUGAGUUCAAAACCACUGGUUUUUCAGAUCUUGUUAUGAAUCAGCUUUUCUUCUCAGAUUAUAAAAACACACACACUGUUAAAGCAUUAGCUUGCCUUACACCACAUGGAACAGCAGCUAAAGUACCUGACAUCUAUCCAGGAUCAAUAACUGAUUCUCUACUUACAGAGUCAGUGGGUGCUCUUGAYAAUGUGUUAUGCCAUGAUGGUGUUCUUACUGACAAAGGGUUUGCCAUUUCUGAACAGCUUGCAAGGAAAGGCGGUAUUCAGAAUAGGCCUCCUAUGAAAUUURGSAAUCAGUUUACUGCUGGARAAUGUGAUGCCAAUUUCAAGAUAGCUUGUCUAAGGAUACAUGUUGAACGUUGGAUUGGCUAUCUGCGUGAUUACUCUAUUCUUAAUGCUGUGUGGCCAAGCUCAAGAGUGGACCUUCUCAAUUGUGUCUGGGUGUUUUUAUCCCACAUUACCAAUUUACUUUAUAAAGUUGGCCCUGUAAGUAUCUACUGUAUUCUAAUGUAAGAACAUUUGUUGUUAUAAAUUAAUCAUUGAAAUGCAUUGCAUUGCAGAAAGAGUGAAAAGACCAACCUGACUGGUGCAUACACCUGACAACUGAUAUAAGUUUACAAAGAUACUUUACUUUGAUAGUUUUUGAGAAAGCAUGCAUCUAAUGGAUGUGGCAACACUAGAUACUCUUUACUAGAACCUAGUAAGCUAAGGAUGAAUAAUAGCCAAACCRUAUGGUAGAGUUCUCAGAUAAAUUGACUCUAGAUUUUAAAUGUUAUGCUCAAACAUUAAGUGCUGCUUU